AUGAUAAAUGUAUGGCUUUGGGCUAAAGUCUCUGAUGGUGUAUUAAAUCCUGCUAAUACAUUAGCGUUAAUAGCUGCUGCUAUAACAACUCUUGUUGGGAAUGGAACUUCCGUUAUUCAAGGAUUAGUAAUGGAAUUGAUUACUACUUCUGUAUUAACUUUAGCUGUGCUCGUGCUAGCUUUUGAAAAACAUGGCGGAUUUAAUGCAGCUUUUGGAAUGGGCUCUUCUUUAUUAAUUUCCAUACUUCUGGACCAUAUACAGGAGCAAUUUGAAUCCAGCAAGGACUUUCUUGCGAAAGGAAAAUCUAUAGUGAUAUUUAAUAAUAAUACUACUAAAGGAACUGAUGAAUAUGAUGAUGAUAAACGGCCUAAAUCAAAUGUCUGA